CUCUUCCGCAAAUCUACCUCAAAAGUAGCCUCCAGACUCUCGCUGACCACUCCACGACUUCAAUCACGACCUGCGACCUCUAUACCUCGACAAACAAGCCAUGGCCUCGAGGGUACUUGAAGUCAUGGACCCCGCUGGAGUUGCAUCAGUGGAUCCUAAGAGCUUCGCAAACAGCGAUGACAAGGACUUUGCUCUUUUAGCCAAAGUUUCAGCAUUCCAGUUGGCUGUAGACUACGGAAACGAGCCUCUGAGCGCCGUCACGUUCCCGAAGAAGAUGUGGCCUCGUGGCAAACCUAUCAUUGUGUGCUUCCUUGAUGGAUACCCUGCACAACACAGCUUUGUCAAGAAAUGUUGGGCUGAGUACCAAGUCGACCUGACGUUCGAGUAUGUGGACCACCGAGGUAGAAAGAGCUCAGAUGUGAGAAUCACUUUCGAAGGCGAGGGAUUCCAAUCUCUCAUCGGCAAUGCACAAGUUAGCAAGGACAAAGCUACAAUGACGCUCGGUGCCAAAAUCUGGGAUGGCAGCCGAGAACUGCGUGCCCAUAUUCUCCACGAAGGCUUGCACAUGCUUGGAUUCGGACACGAACACGCCUCCCCAAAGUCUCCUAUUAAGUGGAACUUUGAUAAAGUUUACAAACACUUCAAGACUAUGUGUGGUUGGGACUCGGAGACAACUUCCGUGAACGUCCUGAAACAGCACCCAGCAGAUCAGGUUGAUGCAUCCGAAUAUGACCCCAAGUCCAUCAUGCAUUACCAAAUCGACGACUCCUGCACGCAAGAUGGAUCCUGUGUCCUUGUCAACCUCGAGCUAUCAGACUUAGAUAAACAGAGGCUGAAGUCCAUGUACGCCGACAAUUCGCACACAGGAGUCGCUGAAGCCUCACCGCCAACUCUCCCAAUGGCCUCAGCUUCACCACCACCUCCCACAUUAGCCACUGUCCUCCAACUGGUCGGGGGGCAGGCCAAGCUCGUAGGAUUGUACAGUCCUUUGGUCUUGCUCCUUGUCUUCGGUGCUGCACGUGUACGCAAGCUUGUCUGAAAAUUGGCUACAACGUGUGGGAGACGUGGAGGAUGGAAUAUGUGCUUUUUAAGAAGGAAGUUAAAAAGCUACGGGUCUGCUUUUGAUGUUCGUAAACUUCGGAUUACUAGAUGAAAUAGACAAGAAUUACGAUUUCCUUGACUACAAUAAACUGAUUAUCCAGCCUCUAA